UGCCAUUCCCCCUCCUCCAUUCUCCCCUUUCUUUGCCUCCACAGCAUCUGCAUCCCAGAGACCAGGCAUGAACUUCAAUCCUGGUGCCCACAUGUCUGCGUUCAGGGGCCUGCCCUUUCUGUCAGCUGCCCCUGUGCCAACACACCAGCCGUUCUGGGAGCCGCCCCUGGCACCAUGGGUGACUGCACCCAUCUCCUAGGCUAACCCUCUGGUGCUGUCCACUUACCCUGGACAACUAUAUGUGCCAGGGCUGUCCACCCUUGGACAACAUGGGCCACAACUGAGGCCAGCAGGGCCCCCUCAUAUUCAGAACAUUGCCCACACUCAGGCACCCCUCAACUGGAGGGCCCCAGGGGUCUUCUGUGGGGGUGUGGAGCAUCCUGCUCCAUUCCUCCUGGCACCUUCUGCCCUGAGGACCACUGUGCCUGCCUCAGCCAGUGGGGUGAUCCAGAACCAUGGGGGCGACUGUCUCCUGGGCCUUAGUCCCCCAGCAUCACCACCAUUUACCGACCUGGCCCCCAUCAUCUUCCCAAUGAAUGCCUGCCAAUGGCCAGGUACAGAGUAUGGGGAGGUCGCACUGCCCACCUUCCAGGCUACAGUGCCACCAGAUGACUCCAGUGGACCUCAGAGCACCUAUGAAGAUUUCAGACUCUGGCAGCGUUUCAAGACCCUGGUCCGCAGGCACCUUCCUCAGACUCCAGAUGUGGAAGCGCUUUCUUGCUUCUUUGUCCCAGUGCUUCGGUCUCUCUCUGAACUGGAGCCCACCAUAACCAUGGAGGAGGCCCUGUGGAAGGGUUUGCAGGAAUGGCAGAGCACUAGCAACUUUGACCGGAUGGCCUUCUAUGAGACUGCAGAAAAGUACAUGGAGUUUGAAGCUGCAGAGGAAAUGGAGGAUCCAAGGAUGCAGCUGUCAGGGGUCUUCCAGUGCCAACCUCCUUCUGUAUCUCUAAGGAGGGAUUUUCCAAGGCCCCCAGUCCCUAAGGCUGUGCAACAACCAGUGUGCAACUCCAGAAAGACCACCCCUAAGGCACAGUGUGCCCACUCAGUACCAGCCAAACGCAAGGCACCAGAGACUAAGAUGUGUGAGACCAAGGCGCCCGAGGAGAUCCCACCUGAAGCCAUCCAAGAGCUCAUGGACAUCCUGGAUGAGCUAGUUGGGCCUGCCAACUUUGCCACGUGGGAGCCUUUCCACUUGUCUAUAGAAGAGAUUGCUGCAAACUUGGGAGACGAAGGACUGGAGCAACAGCCAGUGGAGGAUGAUUUAUAUCCAGAUCCAAGUCUCCUGAGCUACAUUGAUGAGGGCUUUGUCAACAAGAUGGAAACCAUGAUUAACCCCCACUUCUUGGAAGAAUUACUUUCGUCUGAACCAUAUAUAAAUAUCGUGGACCUAACAAAACAGUUGGAGCAGGAAGAAGGACUUAUCUCUAACCAGAGUCUUUCAAAGCGUCCCUUGAAAGACAUGGUCAUGGCUUCUGGACACGUCUGUCCACCACCGCCAGGGGGAGCUUACGCUCUCCGCUAG